GAGAAAGAGAUGGUGUAUUUGGAUGAUAAAUCUUCUUCAGGGAAGAAAAGAAGCAUAGAUACAAUGAGGGAGAACGAUUCCUGCUCUGAUGGUUCCUCUGUGAUCGAGCACAAGGCCUAUGCUAGAGUUGGAUUCCUUGGAAACCCUAGCGAUGUGUACUUCGGUCGGACCAUCUCCUUUAGCCUCGGUAAUUUUUUUGCUUCCGUUCGGUUGGAGCCCUCUGAUGAUCUCGUCAUAAGUCCCCACCCUCGCCAUGACCUUGUUCAAUUCGACUCCUUAGAUCAAAUGGUGGAUCGGCUACAAAAUGAAGGUUAUUAUGGAGGGGUGCGCUUACUUAUGGCUCUUUGUAAAGUUUUUUACAAUUAUUGUAAAGACAACAAUGUUGAUCUUAAUGGUGGGAAUUUCACGCUCUCAUAUGAUACCAAUAUCCCCCGUCAGACAGGACUUUCAGGUUCCAGUGCCAUUGUAUGUGCUGCCCUCAACUGCCUCCUCGACUUCCAUAAAGUUCGACACCUGGUUAAAGUUGAGAUCAGGCCUAACCUUAUUCUUGAUGCAGAGAAGGAGCUUGGAAUUGUUGCUGGUCUUCAAGACCGGGUUGCGCAGGUCUAUGGAGGACUUGUUUACAUGGAUUUUAGCACGGAAUAUAUGGAUGACUUGGGGCAUGGCAUGUAUACACCCAUGGAUAUCAACGUUCUUCCUCCUCUUCAUCUCAUUUAUGCUGAAAAUCCAAGUGAUUCUGGAAAGGUUCACAGUACUGUUCGUAAUAGAUGGCUUGCUGGUGAUGAGUUUAUAAUAUCAUCAAUGAGAGAAGUUGCAAAUAUUGCUUUACAAGGCUUUACAGCAUUAAUUGAAAAGGACUACACCAGACUUGCAGAACUUAUUAAUCAAAAUUUUGAUUUUCGAAGGCAGAUGUUUGGAGAUGACGCUCUUGGUUCUAUGAAUAUAGAGAUGGUGGAAGUAGCCAGAAGUGUGGGAGCUGCAUCAAAAUUUACCGGGAGUGGAGGAGCUGUAAUUGCAUUUUGUCCAGAUGGGCCUUCGCAAGUGAAGCUUCUUGAAGAUGCUUGCCAGAAGGCUGGCUUUGUUGUUCAGCCAGCAGUAGUUGUUCCUUCUUUUCUAAAUGAUGUUGAUCUCAAAACCUUGUCUUCUUAAUGACUAAUAAUGUACUAGAGGUAAUGGUAUGAUGGAUAAUGGUCUUAUCCUUAAUACUCAUCUAGUUUGUUAAAGGUCCUUAGGCAUGAGGUUCCUUGAUAUUUGAUUCAUUUAUUCAUAAUUUGAUGCAAUAAUGAAUUAGGUGGUCCAGUUUC